GUUACUUGCCCUACAGCAGUUCAUGUUCAUCGAUUUCUUUCAGAUUUCAUCAGAUUCACGCUAUUAUUUGAUUAUAAAACAAAGUAAAUACUAUCAGUUAAUAUAUACACAAUGAACAGCAUCGGAGAAGAGUGCACUGAGCUUAAGAAGAAAUAUGACGAUUGUUUUAAUUCUUGGUUUUCGGACAGAUUUCUGAAGGGCGACCACGAUGAUUCAAUGUGCGCCGGAAUAUUCAAGAUUUAUCAAGAAUGUGUUAAGAACGCUAUGAAGGCGCACAACAUCGAUUUUAAAGAAAUUGAUAAAGAUGUCCUAGGCACAGAGUUCGAGUUCAAAGCACCGCCGCCAGGCAGCAGUUGACAGAUGUAUCGUUGCAUCUGUGCUUUGAGUUCCAUGACAUGUUGGAAACCACAAAAGCCGCAACAGCUGGAGUAUCAUGUGAAUAACAAUACCUCACUAGUUUGAGAACUGUUUUGUUGUUUCUGGUCGUAAAGUUUAACUACAUUAGUUACAGUAAUAUAAAAGAAAUAUGUAUGUAAAAUAAUAGUUAUUUGUUUUACAAGGGGGCAAACUUGUUGUUUAACCGCUCGUGCUAAUAUUGAUACCCAAGCAAGCGAAAGAUUCCAAAAUUGAACCACGAGCGUAGCGAGUGGUUCGAAAAAUGGAAUCUUGAGCGUUGCGAGGGUUUCAAAGCACGAGGGUUAAACAAAAUAUGCCCCCGAGUGAAACACAAAAUUUUUCACCACACCAACCUGGAGCAAAUAUUAACACUUUCGCAACCGGGGCAAAAAACGGCGCACUACCCCAGAAACCGGUCGUCUAUAUCU